AUGUCCAUGAUCUCCAGUUCGGUGACCCUCGCCGCCGCCACGGUGCAAGCGUUUGCCAUGUUCUUUUUCAGCUACCGGAUCAUGAAGGUCGUGGAGGAAGAUGGCGAGAAGCUUGCUCAGCCGCGCCCAGAGCACGAAGCAGUUGCGCAGCUUACGCGAAAUGAAGCGGCCUAU